AUGGACCGCCAAGUGAUAGGAAGGGGACGCGGGAGACCCACUAGACAACACCCAGAAGCGGGUAGUGGUAGGGAACCCGAGGUCAAUCCAGACCAAGGGCAAGGGGGAGUGGCCGGAGACCAAGUGGCCACUGCAAUCAAUCGUAUCACUGAUGUCUUAGAGCGCUUGACUGAACACCAAGCCUCUGGACCAGUGCAUCACCAAGGAGGUCCAGCCGAUUCUGAUGAUCGGGCACUGGAGAGAUUUCUGAAGUUUAGACCUCCCAAAUUUUAUGGAGGACCCGAACCGGAGGUAGUUGAAGGAUGGUGGGAGAGAAUCUCCGAUAUCUUUGCAGCCUUAAACUAUGCGGAAGAGCGACAAGUGACUUUUGCCGCAUUCCAGUUUGAGGGAGCUGCUCGCUCCUGGUGGAACCUGGAAGGUUUAGCUGCCGUGAGGAUAGACACUUUUGCAGAUGCCGUCGAGAGAGCCCAGAGAGUUGAAGUAGCUAGAGCCCAAGUGAAAUCCUUUCAGGCCAAGAAAAGAUUUGCUCCUAGUAGUAGUCGGGAGCCGACGUAUGGAAAUGCUCCACCGGCCAAAGUGGGCCGAGGAACCGGCGGAAUGACUAGUUCUGGAGCACCACGAGGCGCACUAGCAAGAGAAACCGGGACAAGGAAUGCAGGGGGAAGAAAUAAUGGAGCUAGAAGAGGAUCGAAUGGAAGGGGACAACCUAGGAAUACCUCGCUAGGAGGUCGAGCAAUAAUUCCUCAAGUGACUUGUGUAUAUUGUAAGAAAUCGGGCCAUACUAUGGAUGAUUGCUGGAGGAAGCAAGGAAAGUGCUUAAAGUGCGGAAGUAAUGAGCACCAAAUUUCGGGAUGUCCAAAAGUGCAGGAAGGGACUACUCCGAACGCUAGACCAAACACUUCUGGAGGGAGCCGGCCAACCGUUCCUGCCAGAGUGUAUGCUAUGGAUGACCAACCUGUACCCGAUUCCUCGGAAGUUGUGGAAGGUACACUUCUGAUUUUUCAUCGAUUAGCUAAAGUGUUAAUUAACCCUAGUGCAACUCAUUCAUUCGUAAAUCCCACUUUUAUGUCUGGAAUCGACGUGAAACCUGUUAGAUUACCCUUUGAUCUUGAAGUUAGGACACCAAUGGGUAAUAAGAAUGUAAUCACUAGCUUAGCCUAUAAGAAUUGCGAAUUUUGGAUCGGAGAGCGAAAAAUGCUAGUGGAUUUAAUCAGUUUGGGCAUAAGGGGUUAUGAUGUUAUCAUAGGAAUGGAUUUCCUAGGCCACCAUCAUGCUAAGCUUGAUUACCGAGCGAAAGUGGUAGAAUUUUGUAUACCUGGAGAAGCAACCCUGAGGUUAGAUGUUAAAGGUAGGUUAGCAUCGUCCGCAAUGAUCUCAGGAAUUCGGGCACGGAAAAUGUUGUUUAAAGGAGCGCAAGAUUUUUUAGCCUUUUUGAUUAAUGCUCCCAGUGAUCAAGUGAGGUUAGAAGAUGUACCAGUGGUACGGGAAUUUCCGGAUGUUUUUCCCGAAGAACUAAAGAAUUUACCGCCAGAGAGAGAAGUGGAGUUCAAGAUUGACUUGGUGCCAGGAACGGCUCCGAUUUCUAAAACUCCGUACCGAAUGGCUCCUGCCGAGCUAAAAGAGUUAAAAGUCCAAUUGCAGGACCUGUUGGAGAAAGUCAUGCCUUUUGGACUAACCAACGCACCAGCUGCUUUUAUGGAUUUGAUGCAGAGAAUUUUUAAGAAGUAUCUAGACCAGUUUGUAGUGGUUUUCAUAGAUGAUAUCCUGAUUUACUCCAAGACUCGAGAGGAACAUGUUAAGCACUUGGAGGUGGUUUUGCAGAUAGUAAGAGAACAUAAACUGUAUGCCAAAUUCAGUAAGUGUGAGUUUUGGCUGGAUGAAAUUUCUUUUCUAGGGCACAGAGUUUCUAAAGAUGGAAUUGUCGUGGAUCCGGCAAAAGUUGAGGCCGUUAUGAAUUGGAAACAGCCAGAAACUCCAACUCAAGUUAGAAGUUUCUUGGGAUUAGCAGGAAAAGCCAAUGUGGUGGCAGAUGCUCUAAGUAGAAAGGCCCAAGUAGUAGGGUUAAUGGUUAAAGAGUGGGACAUGUUAGAAGAAGUAAGUAGUUGGAACCCUCGCUUGGAGAGAUUAAAGGUUUUAUUUGGGAACUUGUCUUUAAAGUCACCAUUAUUAGAGCGUAUUAAGGAGGCCCAGAAAACGGACCUAGUGCUUCGGAGGAAUGCAGAGAAAGUGCAAAAAGGGAAAACCCUAGAUUUCAAGGUAGGGUCUGAAGGAGUAUUGAGGUUCAGAGAUCGAAUUGUGGUUCCGGCAAAUGAAGAAAUAAAGAAAGAAAUUUUAGAGGAAUCACAUCGAUCGAGAUAUACGAUACACUCAGGAAUGACUAAGAUGUACCACAAUGUGAAGGGGUUAUACUGGUGGGAAGGUCUGAAAAAGGAUGUGGCAAAAUUUGUACAGAAAUGCUUGAUCUGCCAACAAGUAAAAGCUGAGCAUCAAAAGCCCUCUGGUCUAUUGCAACCGUUAUAA